UUCGCCCGCAAAUUAAUCGCGCGCUAUAUGCGCGUGCGCGUGCGUGCGCCCAGAUGUAUAUAUAAACCGGAUCCCACGCGCGCUUGGGUUAGUUAUAGUUGCCCCCCUCUCUCUUCCUCCUCCUCCUCCUCCGGGUUAUUACCCGGCUUCCUCUCCUCCCCUUGCCGCCGCCGCCGCCUCGCCGUGGAGGAGCAGCGGCAGUGUGUGCCUAUCCUAGAAACUUUCUUGAAUAGGCGCAGGUGAACUUUAUCAUGAGCCUCGAGGUCGCAGGUGCGGGGGCACCUCAGGCUCAGGGGAAGUUCUUGGGUAUACUUGUCUGCUGGGUUUUGGGAAAUGGAAGCCUCUUCGCUUGGAAUAGUAUGCUCACCAUUGAAGAUUACUAUUCAAUUCUGUUCCCGACAUACCAUCCAACAAGAGUUCUUACAAUAGCUUACCAACCUUUUGCCUUCGGAAUAACCUGCAUCCUGACAUACCAUGAAGCAAAGCUCAACACAAGGAAGAGGAAUCUAAUUGGAUUUGCACUUUUCUUAAUUAGUUCUUUUGCAUUAAUAAUGCUGGACAUUGGUACUAAAGGAAGGGGUGGACUUGGUCCAUUUAUCGGUGUCUGCAUAAUCAGUGCCUUAUUUGGGACAGCUGAUGCCAGUGUUCAAGGCGGUUUGGUUGGCGACCUUUCCUUCAUGUGCCCGGAGUUUAUUCAGUCUUUCCUUGCUGGCUUGGCUGCAUCAGGAGUUCUAACAUCAGCCUUGAGAUUAAUUACAAAAGCAGCAUUUGAGAACUCACAAAAUGGUCUUCGUAAUGGAGCUAUACUGUUCUUUUCGAUAACAUGCUUCUUCGAGCUAGUGUGCCUACUCCUUUAUGCGUAUGUCUUUCCCAAGUUACCCAUCGUGAAGCACUACCGAUCAAAGGCCGCCGCUGAAGGGAGCAAGACUGUUGCAAGUGAUCUUGCUGCUGCAGGAAUCAGCAAUGAACAUUCUAUACAAGCCGAGGAAGAUCCCAAAAAAUGCGAUCGUUUAAGCACCAAAGAUCUGUUGAUACAGAACAUAGACUACGCAUUUGACAUUUUCCUGAUAUAUGUCCUGACUCUAUCAAUCUUCCCUGGAUUUUUGUCUGAAGAUACUGGAGCACACAGCCUGGGAACAUGGUACGCGUUGACGCUCAUUGCGAUGUACAAUGUGUGGGAUCUGAUUGGGAGGUACCUGCCACUGAUCAAGUGCAUCAAGCUGACCUCCCGGAAGGGUCUCACGGGGGCGAUCCUGGCUCGGUUCUUGUUCAUCCCCGCGUUCUACUUCACUGCCAAGUACGGCGAUCAAGGCUACAUGAUCUUCCUGACGUCCUUCCUGGGCCUCACCAAUGGCUUCCUCACCGUGUGCGUCCUCACCGAGGCGCCCAAAGGAUACAAGGGGCCGGAGCAGAACGCGCUGGGCAACGUGCUGGUGGUCUGCCUCCUCGGCGGCAUUUUCUCCGGCGUUGUGCUCGACUGGCUGUGGUUGAUAGGAAAAGGCUGGUGAUCGUGUUGUAAUAUCUCUGGCAUGAGAGACCCAUUGGUUCUCCCUGCUCGGAUGAGCGGGGCUGUUUUAACAUCAGAAUGGCAGGAAAGAAAAAAAGAAUCCUCCUAUAAAUCUGGCUGUUAGCAACUCGUAUGGGACCAGAUUGUGUGCCAUUUUGACGACUUUUGGCUGCAAUGUGUUAGUGUAGUGCUGUAGUUCAACCCCGUCGUAAAUUUUGGGGUUCAAUAUAAUCUGCAGCGCUUGCGUUUGCUUGGAUAUAUCA